AGCGCGGUAUACCGGAAGUGAACGUCACUGACACAGGAAUGGACUAAAAAAAAACAGUAUCACGAGGAGAAUGUCAAAAAAUUUCCCGAGGAAAUAACAAUUUCUUCUGAAGAGGAUGAUUUGUAGUAUCCAAGGCGACACCAAGGCAUUGGAGAGGGCAACGCGUAGCUAAAUGGAGUCGGAGCAGCUCUUCGGCAGCAGCACCCCCUACAGGAACAGCUACAACAGCAUCACCAGCGCCAGCAGCGACGAGGAGCUGCUGGAUGGCGCCGGGGUGGUCAUGGACUUCCACACCACCGAGGACGACAACCUGUUAGACGGGGACGCCUCCCCAGGUAGGACACCUGGCUGGAGCGGGCGCAGCUGCGGGGCUAACUACGUCAUGUCGAACGGGGGCAACGCAGCCAGCAGCUCCACCCACCUCCUGGACCUGCUGGACGAGCCCAUCCCGGGUGUGGGCACCUAUGACGACUUCCACACCAUCGACUGGGUCCGUGAGAAAUGCAAGGACCGGGAGCGCCACCGCAAGAUCAACAGCAAGAAGAAGGAGUCGGCCUGGGAGUUCACCAAGAGCCUGUACGAUGCCUGGUCCGGCUGGCUGGUGGUUACGCUCACAGGGCUGGCCUCAGGUGCCCUGGCAGGUCUCAUUGACAUCGCGGCCGAUUGGAUGAACGAUCUGAAAGAGGGCGUGUGCCUCAGCGCCAUGUGGUUCAACCAUGAGCAGUGCUGCUGGGGGUCCAACGAGACCACCUUCGCCGAGCGGGACAAGUGUCCGCAGUGGAAGACCUGGGCGGAGCUGAUUUUGGGGCAGGCCGAGGGUCCCGGGUCCUACAUAAUGAACUACUUCAUGUACACGUACUGGGCCCUGUCCUUCGCCUUCCUGGCCGUGUGUCUGGUCAAGGUGUUCGCGCCCUACGCCUGCGGCUCCGGAAUUCCUGAGAUCAAGACCAUCCUGAGCGGGUUCAUCAUCCGGGGUUACCUGGGCAAGUGGACCCUGAUGAUAAAGACCAUCACCCUGGUGCUGGCGGUGGCGUCCGGGCUGAGCCUGGGGAAGGAGGGGCCGCUGGUGCACGUGGCCUGCUGCUGCGGCAACAUCUUCUCCUACCUCUUCCCCAAGUACAGCAAGAACGAGGCCAAGAAGAGAGAGGUGCUGUCUGCGGCAUCGGCGGCUGGCGUGUCUGUGGCCUUCGGUGCUCCUAUAGGAGGGGUACUCUUCAGUUUGGAGGAGGUCAGCUACUACUUUCCCCUGAAGACCCUGUGGCGGUCCUUCUUCGCCGCCCUGGUGGCCGCCUUCGUGCUGCGCUCCAUCAACCCGUUCGGGAACAGCCGGCUGGUGCUGUUCUACGUGGAGUACCACACGCCCUGGUACCUGUUCGAGCUCUUCCCCUUCAUCCUGCUGGGCGUGUUCGGGGGCCUGUGGGGGGCCUUCUUCAUCCGCGCCAACAUCGCCUGGUGCCGCCGGCGCAAGUCCACGCGCUUCGGCAAGUACCCGGUGCUGGAGGUGAUGGUCGUGGCCGCCAUCACCGCCCUGGUGGCCUUCCCCAACCCCUACACGCGGCAGAACACCAGCGAGCUGAUCAAGGAGUUGUUCACCGACUGCGGCCCGCUCGAGUCCUCCCAGCUCUGCCAGUACCGCAGCCAGAUGAACGGCAGCAAGGCCUCCUGGGACGUCCACGACCGGCCCGCCGGGCCCGGGGUCUACUCCGCCAUGUGGCAGCUGUGCCUGGCGCUCAUCUUCAAGAUCAUAAUGACCAUCUUCACCUUCGGGCUCAAGGUCCCGUCGGGCCUCUUCAUCCCCAGCAUGGCGAUUGGGGCGAUCGCGGGGCGCAUCGUGGGCAUCGCCGUGGAGCAGCUGGCCUACCACCACCACGACUGGUUCCUGUUCAAGGAGUGGUGCGAGGUGGGGGCCGACUGCAUCACCCCCGGCCUGUACGCCAUGGUGGGGGCCGCCGCCUGUCUGGGUGGGGUGACCCGGAUGACCGUGUCCCUGGUGGUCAUCGUGUUCGAGCUGACGGGCGGCCUGGAGUACAUCGUGCCGCUGAUGGCGGCGGUGAUGACCAGCAAGUGGGUGGGCGACGCCUUCGGGCGCGAGGGCAUCUACGAGGCGCACAUCCGCCUCAACGGCUACCCCUUCCUGGACGCCAAGGAGGAGUUCACGCACACCACGCUGGCGUCGGAGGUGAUGCGGCCGCGGCAGAGCGACCCGCCGCUGGCCGUGCUGACGCAGGACGACCUGACGGUGGAGGACCUGCAGGCCGUCAUCAACGACACCAGCUACAACGGCUUCCCCGUCAUCGUCUCCAAGGAGUCCCAGCGGCUGGUGGGCUUCGCCCUGCGCAGGGACAUCACCAUCGCUAUCGAGAACGCUCGGCGCAAGCAGGAGGGCAUCAUGCGUAACUCGCGGGUGUACUUUACCCAGCAUGCCCCCACCCUCCCCGCCGACAGUCCCCGCCCCCUCAAACUGCGCAGCAUCCUGGACAUGAGCCCCUUCACCGUCACUGACCACACCCCCAUGGAGAUCGUGGUGGACAUCUUCCGCAAGCUGGGACUGCGCCAGUGCCUGGUCACUCACAACGGGAUUGUGUUGGGAAUCAUCACUAAGAAGAAUAUAUUAGAGCAUCUGGAGGACUUAAAGCAGCACGUGGAGCCCCUGGCGCCUCCUUGGUAUUAUCACAAAAAAAGAUAUCCUUCGUCAUAUGGCCCAAAUGGCAAACCUCGAUCCCGAGUCCAUAAUGUUCAACUGAUCACCGCCUUCCGGGAUGGCGACGAGGAGAGCGAGGAGGAGGUCCACUUGCUGAACGGAGACGCUCUCUGACCCGGGCUCCGCCCCCCGACACUGAAACGGACACACCUGUAGAAGCCCCUUAGACCAGGGAGAGUCGCUGCACCUCCGACGUCGGUCGCCGAAGUGAGGGGAUGGACAAAUUGAGGAGUGCGCAUCCGCCCCCUUCCCCCACCCCCCGCCACCACCAACCACCUACCACCACCACCGCACUCUCCUCCACCACCCUUGACCAUGGACUGAGUGGACUGAACUGCAGGAUUGCUUGCCAGGAACAACAGUGUAGUGGGGUGUAAGGUUGAACUGCUCAGAGGGUCUGGGCCAUCUUUGUUAAAAGACUGGAGGGUGCUGAGCCCUUCCUCUCCAAGCCACCCUCCCCCCACCCCCCACCCCAAAACAAAAAACAGCAUUGUUUACCUACGAGUCACAUCUCACAAAGCAUUGACAUUCCAUUCCAAGUCACCAUAGUAACCCUGGGACACUUACCCCUCCCCUGUUCCCAUCAGUCAAAGCUGCCCGUUCUCACGUUGAGAUACUCUUCUUACAAUACAUGGAGAAUACAAAGGAAGAGCGCUUUGAAAUGUGUGUGUGCGUGUGCACGUGUAUGUGUGUGCACGUGAGAGUGUGUAAAUACACAAGUAUUUACACCUUAUUUGUUGUAAUUAGAUGAAGGAACAAAAAAAAGAAAAACUAAUUCUAGUAAAAUGUUUUUUAAAAAACCAUCGAAUGUUGUACAGGAGUUGGUCUGGUACCGUGCGUGCGUGGGGUGGGUGGGGGUGUGGUAGAGCCCUUGUUGUGAGCCAGGUGGUUGUGAUUGGACAGGCAAGCGUGACGGUCAGUGACCGUGUGAUCACUGCGGUAAGGACGGGUCCCACUCCGGCAGUGAAGGUGUGGAUCUGGUGGAUGUGUGCAAGUCAUGGUUCAGUUCUUCUGAGUACUCUUACUGAGUCUCUCUCUUUUCUUUUUCAGCUACUUCUGUUGCUUCUACUACAUUUAGAGGUAUUGGUGUGCGUGCGUGUGUAAAUGUGUGUAUGUGUAUAUGUAUGUAUAUAUAUAUACACGCAUAUACAUACAUUAUGUAAUCAAAUGAGUACCUGUUCUUACUGCAUACUUAAAAAACGGAAAAUACUGGAAUAUUGCACUCCCCCCAAUAUGGAGGUUUGUGAAAUCGAGUAAUGUGCAGGAGGAUGUAUGAGGAUAAAGUGAUGAUGAGGUAGAGGAGAUGGAUGGAUGGAUGAAUGGAUGGAGGGAUGGCGGGAGGGAGGAUGAUGCUGCUUCACAGGGAAUACUGGAAAACCUUAUUUUUGUAGUUCUCUUUUUUUUCUUUCUUUCCUGAAGUUCUUUCAGAGAUCGUGAGAACAGUGUCUGUGAUUGUGCUUGUCCCAGCUGAGGCUUUUGAUUUUUUGGAGCCGCACCCCCACGCCCCCCCACCCCCACCCCCCAUACCCAUUUAUCCCGCUGCUCAAACCAUGACAGUGAACUUCCUAAGUUGCUGCUUCUCCCACAACUUUAGAAAUGACAUUUGUAAAGGGCAUAACUAACUUGAUGCACCACACCCCCUUCCCCCAGCCACUACAUUUCUGAAAGAAAUAAAGGAAAGUUACAGAUGAAUACAAUCCACAGCUGUUGUCCAAAUGCCAGUGAAGUGGGUUCAGAUAAUAUUGGCAGUGUAACUGAGCAUUCUGAGACAGUUAAGGGCUCCACUGGAUACCUUAUGCUCAGAUGGUGUACAGACCGCCAUGGUUAAAUCUGCAGUUGGCUUGUAUCCUGCCUCCUGGCCUUCCAUGGUUGGCAGUAUUUCUCACCUACUUGUGCAAGCCAACCUGAGUCUUUUUUCCUCCCUUACUUUUGUUUCCAUGGCAACCUUAGCAUAGCACCUUACCUGCUAAUGAAAGCUAGCGUGUGCGUGGUGGGGAAAAUCGGUGUUGUUCUGCGUUCUUUCUUUAACAGUGACUGUGUUCUGCUGUCGGUUAAUGAAGAAUGCAUCGUCUUUGUUAACCUGUGGUGUUGCCUAACACUAAUUAAUACUGAUCUUGAUGUUUUUCCUUUUUUAUUUAUAUUAGUGUUAGAACUGUACAUUAUGAAGAAUUUUACGUAUGAUUAUAUUGAUGGUUUGACUGUACAUUUAAAACAAAUGAUGUAAAAUUAAAAUUUUGUUUUAAAUUAAA